GGGCGCGUGGAUCAGCCUUCUCUGUAAUGUAGGACCAGGAGACUGGCUGUGGGCCGACAAUAAAAAAGUCUAAGGGGCUCCCGCUUCACUCGCCGCACCUACUGCUUAUAUCAGCUUUCACCUGUACAAGUGUCACCAUGAUGUCUAUAAAUGGGAAACAUUCGGCUUUCAGCAUGCUCCAUGAGCCCAAGUACGCGCACCUUCACAGCAGCUCGGAGGCUCUUCGCAGGGCAUGCCUGCCCCCCAGUCAGAUUCAAGGCAGCAUCUUUGCUGGCUUUGAUGAGUCAUUGCUACGAGGUGCUGAAACUCUGGCGGCUUUGGACAUAGUAUCUCAUUCACAGAAGGCACACCCGUUUAAACCGGAUGCCUCCUACCACACCAUGAGCACAGUAUCAUGCAGUCCUACUUCUUCCAUCUUGCACCACUCUUCGGUCCUGGCUAGCCAUCAUCCUCACCAUCAACCAUCACAGGGUUUGGAAAGUGAUCUGCUGGACACACUUACUUCAUCCAUAUCUCUGGGAGGCAUGCCAGCGCCUGACAUUGGUACCCCAGCCUCCCACCCACAUGUCCACUUGACAACCAUAAGUCACCUGUCCCAGCACCCACAGACUAUCAACAUGCCCAGCCCACAUAGCUUAGCUUCCCACAGUGUCAUGCAGAGCAGUGAGACCGAGAUAGACCCGAGGGACCUCGAAUCCUUUGCGGAGAGGUUCAAACAGAGAAGAAUAAAACUUGGAGUCACACAGGCCGAUGUAGGAUCUGCCUUGGCAAACUUGAAAAUCCCAGGGGUUGGCUGUUUGAGUCAAAGCACUAUCUGCAGAUUUGAGUCACUUACAUUGUCUCAUAACAACAUGGUCGCCCUAAAACCCAUUUUAGAGGCUUGGCUAGAGGAGGCGGAAAGGGCUCAACAGGAAAAUAUGAGCAAACCACAGGUAUUCAUUGGAGGGGACACGAAACGGAAACGCACCUCCAUUGCUGCCCCAGAAAAGCGUUCCCUUGAAGCUUACUUCUCAGUGCAACCCCGACCUUCUUCAGAGAAGAUCGCAGCCAUUGCAGAGAAACUGGAUCUGAAAAAGAACGUGGUGAGGGUAUGGUUCUGUAACCAAAGACAAAAGCAAAAAAGGAUGAAGUUUUCAGCUGCUUAUUAAAGGCUGCAGGCCAUCAAAACUUUGUGAACGCCCUGUUGAAAGUCACUCAGGCCACUUGUAGGGAUACCAGCAACAGAUUGUUACCUUUAUCUGUCUGACAGCUGGAUUUGACAACUGGAAUUAACUGCAAGUCAAGUUGGGACUUAUAAACAGUGUGUUUGCUGUUGAUCUGGAGAGCCCCGAGUCUGAUGAUAAGAAUCUGGGAAUUAAAAACUGAAUGACUUUGAUCUGUCAUUUGCGUGUUUCAUGAAAACUACUGAGAACAAAGCAAAUGAAACUUAAGAUAUGAUCACAGUGCCUAAAAUAAAUGUUGUGCUUAUAUCUGAAAAUAUUUAACGGUGAGGAAAUUAGGAAUUACGUUUGGGCAUUGAUGGCGCAUCGUACAAUAUUACUGUUGCAAUACCUUCACACACACACACUGACAGACAGGACAAAGCACAACUCUAUUUUAUUGCAUAGUUCUUGUGACAUCAACUUCAACAGUAAGUUCAUUGGUUCUGUUUUCUACCUCAUCAGCAAUGUGAACCUUUACAGUUUAUUUGCAGAAAAAAUAAAGGGAUCGUUGUGAGAUUCUUCACUAUCACCACAAAGACGCUUUGACAAUCGAAUAAUUUAGCACAUUCCUUUCUGUGAACGAUGCUUCUUUAAACCGUUGCAUCAUUGCAUGAAGCAUGGCUGCAUAUUUCAAUACAUCAUGUAAUGUUAAACACAUGUAUUUAUUAAUGUAAAUUGUGCACUUUUGUCUGUAAUAACAUUUUUAAUUACACCAAAUGCAAUCUGUCUGUAGAUGAAAAAUGCAGCUGUGAGAACCAGGUGAUCAUAUCUUCCGGUUUCUCUUUGCUGUUAAAGCUAAAAGUGUAAAGUUUUCAGAAAAAAGUGGAUGGGUUGGUGGGUGGGGCGAGUUGUAUCAGCUUACUUUUUCAGUGUAGCACUUUCAUACAGUGUGAUUUGCUUUACUUAUUUAUAUAAAACAACCAGGUUUAUAAUUUUACAUUUGUCGUUGGAAACUACUGACAUACACAUCAAAAUGUAUGAUGUGUCUGGACAUGCCAUGUUGUACAACUUAAGCCAUUAAUUGUGGUAGCGCACUAAUACUGUUAAUUUUAUUAGUACCCAAAUGACACGUUAACUCCUAAAGGAAAAGUAAAUAAGAUUGUAAUGAAUCAGAUCUGGCCAAAUAAUGUUAAAUAAGUUUGGCGGCACUUGAACGGCAAAUGGACAUAUCAAGAGUGAGUUGUUUGCAACGUGGUUGCAAUAAUACGCAAGUACCCGUCAGUCAUCUCUAUGAAACCAGCUUUAGCUAUGUACUUGUUUAUUUUGCCCCAGAAUUUACAAUAAAACUGGCAGCAGGUAAGAAUAGCUUUUUUUAUUUAUUUGUCAUGGGCUUGCCUUCACUGAGAACACACGGAUUAAAGUUAAAAUUUUCCUCCGGGUGCUCUGGUUUCCUCCCACAUUGCAAAGACAUUUUGUAGAUGGACUGGACACUCCACACUGGCCGUAGGUGAUAGUGUGUGUGCGAGUGAGUGGUACCA